GUCCAAAGGUCAAGGUCUUUACAUGACACAGAUGUGACGACAAUGUGAUAAGGGCUAACUGACACACUGUAGCUCAGGUUAUGCUGUUCGCACUUGCCUUCAAACACACCUGUGCGCCAGUCAUGUCAGGUGGAAGGUUUUUCGACAUGCGAUACUCGGAUGUGUGCAAAUAGACAUGGCUUCUAAACGAGGAAGAGGACGUGGCCAGAAACAACAGGAGUCCCUAGAGGCAGAACAGACUACCUCGACCCCGCUGUAUUCUCCGUAUUCAGGAUGCAGAGAAGACGGGUCGCACCCAGAUUCAUUUGACUCGGGUAGUCCUGAAAGUAUCGAGGUAGAUGCUGUUAAUUCUCGUGACAAUAGUGGUGAAACACACGGUCCUUCUCACGAAAGGAGUAGGAACGUCAGCUGUAGAGGAGAGAAGAUGGGUGUGACGCUGAAGACGUCACUGAAAUGUGUUGUGUGCGCCGACAACGCAAGCGGACAAUACUUUGGUGCCACUGUAUGUUUGCCAUGCAAGAGCUUUUACAUACGCUGUACGAAAGAAGGGGAACCGGUCUUUUCCAGUAAAUGUCAUGGCAACUGUGACGUCACGAAACAAGCUCGGAUUCGAUGUCAAUCCUGUCGAUACCAAAAGUGUCUAAAAGCUGGAAUGACAAGAAGAGAAAAACCGGAGAGAAUCGAACCUGAAGAGGGUCAGUAUUUGUGUCUUGGUGUGUGGAGAUCUGGCCAAUGGCAUACAUUUUGGAGUUUACACAUGCGAGGGUUGUAAGAAAUUCUUUCGACGCGGUCUUGUGGAGAAUAGAACCUAUCAAUGCAAGGGUGACAACUCAUGUGUCAUAAAUCCUCGAAGCCGAAACACAUGCAGGUCAUGCCGGUACCGGAAGUGCCUCAGCGUUGGAAUGUCACGUGACGCUAUUAAGAUGGGUAGACCUAAAAAGAAGGACCUGGACUGCUGCAGAGUAGAAGGAACAAGUCCCCCUAUUGGAUACCCAACAAGUAUAGGCGAAACUGAGGAGAUCCUAUUUUUACACUCAAAUGAAAGUGCUUCUAGUGACGAGAUUGAGAUGCUGGAGAUAAAGGUCCGACCAAAUCCUCCUGCUUCAGCAUCUCCUCCCAACUACACUUUGCCCACAAACGAAGAUUCGGCUGUUGAUGAACCAGGAACCCGUCCGAAACCCACUCCCACAGGGAUGAAUGGUUCUGAUGUCUUGAGGACAAAAUACACACUGCAACAGAUGAUCACAAGCUUGCCAAGGGACAAGCUGUCACUUAAAUCCUUAAGCUCCCUCUACAUUCCACCUCAGACAUCUUCAACUAUUACAAGUACAUCUGAAUACAGUACAUAUGAAGAUGGGGAAGAAGAUUAUAAACAUCCGUUUCAAACCGAGCCGGACGAUGCACAGGGUGACUACAAAUUGGAAGGAGCCUCCGCUUUCCCAGCGGAAUCUAAAUGUCCCGGUCAGGGCAGUCCAUCGACAACUUCUACUGGUUAUGAAGCUUCAGUGACAGACCCGUCAGCACUUUACUCCAUGUCCAGUGAUGAAAUCGAUUCAAUGUUAAAACUUUUGGAAGACUUCGAGAGGCCAUCCACCCCGCUCAGCUUUCGUCGCAAAAGCAACAGCAGCAUGGAAGAUAACGGGGGUAAACGACGAAAACCGGAAGUUGGUCACAACUAUGAUGUUUAUAGUGGAAGCUUUACACACGCUAUGUUUGAGAAGUUUCGUAAGACCACAAGCAAUUCUCCGUCAUCUUGGCAGCAAGGAAAACAAUAUCAUUCCACGGGGAAUCAGCGUGUUUUUGAACAGGAUUUUGAGGGUAAUAAUAGCACCGUCACAUCGCCAAUGACAUCUUCUUGUGGUCAGGAGAUAAGGAAUUAUUUACCGUCCCAGACUACAGAAGAUGAAACAUACUCUGUGACUCAGCCUCCAUCAAACGAAUAUUCCACAGGUAGUGCAACAGUGGACAAUUCAGCAGACGUCCCCUCGAUUCCAAGGUCCCAACAGCACCCCACAAACACUCGCGCACUUUCUCUUUAUGGUCAAGAUUGCAGCUGCAAGUGUUGGAACAAACACAAGACUAGAAACAAAGGGACAUCCAAGGACAGUGGCACCUCAAAUCAUAGAAAGGUUCCUUUGAAAGGCGACGUAACUUCUGCCUCGCUGCCAAACGCUGUAAAGACUCGGGAUGUUUACGAACAACACGAGGAGAACCAGUCCUUCUCGGAAAUUAGCAAAGCGUUUGAGGUUCUUUACGAUAGAGCAUAUGACAAUAAGACAAUAUCAGAGUGGUCAAGGAGGGCUAAAAACUAUAGUAUGUCAACUGAUUCCGAUUCGGAGUCUGAUGUGGAGUGUACUUGUAAAUGUAUUCAAGUCACAGGACUAUGUUUGUGUCAAGGGCCACCACAACAGCCUGGUAAUGUUUCCAAAGACACAUAUAAGUCUGCAGUACCAUCCUCUGUGGCAGGUGUAUGGAACACACAGGUGUUUGAUUCUAUCUCACCUUAUCUCUUAAUGAAAUACUGGAAGCAAAUCCCCGAAUUCAUGGACCCAGCAGCCAUAACUGAUGUACAACAAAAGAUAAUGCAAAACCUGCUAGAUUCCUAUUUGAACUACAUCAAUAAUGCAGACAUGAAAGCCACAAACCAAAUGCAUUCGUCAUCAGAGAUCAGUGUGUUACUUGGAGAUUCGAGACAGCCAGCAAACAUGUCGGACGACCGGAUGUCCCGUGCUUAGCCCUUAGAAAGCAAGAAUGCCAUCCAGAUGGGGUUGCCGACGGAGACGUCGGACCAUGCAGCCAACCGGGGAUUCAGGAGGGCGUGGCUUAAAACAAAAUUUAAGUUUCGUCCCUUCCAGCGUCUGCUGCAAUUUGCAUUCUGCCUGGACACUUGCUUCAACAUUAAUACAAGACCAACCGAAGCGAUUGUCCAUAAGUUCAAUUCUGUUGGAAAGUUCAGUGCUAACCUUCCGAAGUGAUCCCGUGUUUAGUACUUACCUUUCUAAGUGACUCGCCACAACAUCAGUGCUUACUAUCCGACGUGACUGACCACAAUUAUAGUGCUUACCAUCCGAAGUGAUGAUUUCAUUUCCUGACAAGGGAUAAUUCACAAGUUAAGUGCUAACCAUGAGCAGUGAGUGUCCAUAAGGACAGUUCUCACUUACCUUGGACAACUGCUCACGCAUUACGCCCCCUAACAUCUGAUACAAUUGCCCACAAGUCAUCCUUUGCGAUUACGUACAAAUUCAUCAUCCGAAGUGAUUUUCCACAUGUACAGUUUCUGACAGUCCGAAAUGAUUUCUCAUAAAAUCAACACCUAUUCAUCCAAAAUGACUGUUCGUACAUGCCUGAUUUUUCUAAACAAAUGACAAACGAUUUUUCUACGAAUGGAAAAUGAAUUAUCUUCUUAGAAUUAUACCGAACACGUAAUUAUUUUCAUCACACAAUUUCCCCGUACUUCACCAUGCAUCCGAAUCAAAAAGGAUAACCUGAAAUGGUUACUGCCUCUAGGCAAACUUUACAUCCUGCAGGAUGCAACACCAGUUGCACUAGUUUAGCAUAUUCCUUUUGUAUUGUUUUAAAACGUUAUGCCUUAUCAUGACAGCAAACGCGUGCUAGUCAACCAUCCUGAAAAAGUAACUACAUUGUUUCCUGGCAUACCCUUUUUUUACUCGGACGUUUUUUAAGCUGAACAUGAUAUGUGACAUCAAGUUUUACAAACUUGUUCAACAGUGGUUUAAUGAAUUGUGAUAUAGACUUCUUGCGCCUCGUCGCUAACAUCUGCCUUAUAGUGAAAGCAAUUCAGGAUGCACUCGAAAGAUUGUAUUUUAGUGGUUGUUGUAAUGGGUGUCGAAAUUUGAAAAUGUAUAUUUUUAAAAUAGCAUGUCCGUAUAUCUGUUUCAACUGGCUCACUGACAACCGUGCUGGACAAUGACUGUGUUACAAGAUCAUGUACGUUGUUGUUUGUUUGAAGUGAAUUAAAUGACUCACAUUG